AAAGAAGAUUAAACAGUUGUCCUCCAUCUCCUUGACAGACUUUUGUGUCACAGUUGUGAUAGGACUGACAUUGCCUAAAAUCCUGCUAUCCCUCAUUAUAGAUUAGGGAAACCCUCAUCCCUCUCACUUCAUCUUACCUCAGUUCUCCAUCCUGUUGUUUCCAAAAAACCCCUGUACUUGAGAGAGGAAGAGAAAAGAGUUUUUCCUCAUAAAUCUCAUAGUCCACUCAGUGGGGAGGGGCGAAGUCACAGGUUUCAGAAGAAGGGUGUUGAAGGGAGGGAUUAAAGGAGGAGGAGAGUAGGAAAAAUAUUGUUCUAUUAGCCAUCAGUAGUGAUCGAUGGGCAACCCCAGAAUAUCUCUCUCUAGUAGCAUUUCUCUAUCUCUCAGAAGCACUUCUAUCUCCAUAACAAUUAGGCACCCUCAGGUUCCCCCUAGUAUCUCUCUAGUCACAAGUUAGAGUAUAUCCUUUACCACAACAGGAAAUAUAGUUCCACAGAUUAUCUCUUUAUUACAAUUACAGUAGACAAUUAGAGUCAGGUUCUUUUAUCUUAAUUUAAUUUGAUUCAAGAUGUGUUUAUUAAACAUCUCCUAUGUGAUAGGAAUUCUAAGUGUUGGAGAUUCAAAGACGAAAACCAAAACAGUUCCUACCCUCAAUGGGCUUACAUUCUAUUGGGGAUAGAGAGUGGGAAACAACAUACAGUAUAGAAGGAUAAAUACAAAACAUGUACAAAAUAAGUCCAAAAUUGUUUCCUCUCCUCCAAGGGGAAUGCACUAACAGCUGGGGUUUGGGGUGGGAGAUCAGAAAAGGUAGCAGCUGAGUUUUGAAGGAGGUGGGAAUUCGAAGAAAUGGAGUUGAGGACAGAGUUUAUACCAGCUCAGGACAGAGAAGACGUGGCUAGGUCCUCAGCUGGACCUAGGUGUCAAGGGCUGGUGUCACAAUGGCAGAGAAAGUGAACAAUUUCCCGCCCCUGCCCAAGUUCAUCCCACUGAAGCCAUGCUUCUAUCAGGACUUUGAGGCUGAGAUUCCCCCUCAGCACCUCAACAUGACCAAGCGUCUCUAUUAUCUCUGGAUGUUAAACAGCAUCACAUUGGCCAUGAACUUGGUGGGCUGCUUGGCGUGGCUGAUUGGAGGCGGUGGAGCUGUUAACUUUGGACUGGCCUUUCUCUGGUUCAUUCUCUUUACCCCCUGCUCCUAUGUCUGCUGGUUUCGGCCUAUUUACAAAGCCUUCAAAUCAGACAGCUCUUUUAACUUCAUGGCCUUCUUCUUCACCUUCUUGGCUCAGUUGGUCAUCAGCAUCAUCCAGUCAGUGGGGAUUCCUGGCUGGGGAGUCUGUGGCUGGAUUGCAACUAUCUCCUUCUUUGGGACCAAUGUGGGAGCUGCAGUUGUGAUGCUCAUCCCUACCAUCAUGUUCUCACUCAUGGCCGUCCUUUCCUUCAUCGCCCUCAGCAUGGUUCAUAAAUUCUACCGGGGCAGUGGUGGGAGUAUAAGUAAAGCCCAGGAGGAGUGGACUACCGGGGCUUGGAAGGACCCACACGUCCAGCAUGCAGUCCAGAAUGCUGCCAUGGGGGCUGCCCAGGGAGCUGUGAGCCAGCAUCAGAACCCAUAUUCUGCCACCCCCAAUUACACUUAUUCCAAUGAUAUGUGAGCAGGAGACUGCCUAGGGGUCAGGGAGGGCAGGGAAGGGGAAAAGUAGGAAGGCAAGGAGUGGGGAGGAGCUGAGCUGAAACUGCCUUGUGGACACGAAGUUGGUGAUUGAGUUGGGGUUGCCCUUUCCUAUCCUUUCCCUACCUUCCUACUUUGUAAAAAGGAAAAGAAUGACAUAUAUAUGUAUAUUUCCCCUUCCACCGUCCUGACCCCUUUCCCCCCUUAUGGCAUCUGCAGAAGCCGUGGGUCCAUGUGGCAGAUGGUGCCAUGUGGUAGUACCUAUGUGUCUGUGUCUCAUUGUGAACUAGUGUACAGUGGUGCUAAGUGUGUUUUAGAACCAAGCUGGUCCUCAGGGCCACAGCAUUAUGGUUCCCCACUCCCCACCUUCAUACCUCAUCUCCAACUUGAUGUUGCAGCUAAAGGCAUCCUCCCUGCCUGACUUUGGAGCUGGACAAUGCCAGCUCAGGACUUUGUUCCCAAUGGACUCCUGCCCAUCCUGCUCUCUUCCUCUUGAAGUUGUUGAUUGGGAGUGUGGAUAGGGGAGGAGGCAUGGACUUCCGAGACAUCUCCUCUUUCCCACCUCUUAGCUUUUCCUCACUGCCAUGGGUGUCAUGAGCUGGGAAUGGUUUCUUCAGUGUGUUAGAACAUGACAGUAUUAGUGUACAAUUGGUGCACUAGAGGGCUGAGUAAAUAUUUCACUUUCCCCUUUUCCUUCAACUUAGCCUCUCUUUUCUCCUCUCUAAUUUAUAUUUUGUUGCAUCCCAUCUCUUCAGUUCACUCCAUUCUUCCUCCUGUUCCCAGUGUGGAUUUUUCCCUUGGCCUUCCUCCAGUGUUUCAUAGCUUGGGUGUAAAUGGUAAGAAGUGACCUAAGUCAGAUGGUUCCCUGCCUUUAUGUAGGGCUGAAAUGAGUGAUGUCUCCAUCCUUUCACUGGUCUCCUGCCUGGUCCUCCCAAGCUAAAGGGAGCUGAGAUGCCCUCAGUCUCACACAGUGCCCUGCAGGCCAGGUGUGGGCAUGAGUAGUGGGGGUCCCCAUAACCAGACAGUGGAUCUUGGGAACUCCUCAAUAGCUUUGUGUCAUGGCAGUGUUUGCUCCUGGAAGAAGGGAGAUGUUGUUUUUUGGGAGGGGAUAGCUUGACUAGUGUAUGCAUUCACAAUCUAGAAAAGAACUCACCACUUGGAGACCUCAGCCUACAAAGGAGCCCUUCUUCACCCAUUGGAGGGAAGAAGCCAGACAGACUGAGUCCACUUUUUGCAAAUCUCCAUCAGAACGGAGAGCAGUGACUUUCCUAUCCUGAGCCUUUGCUUCCUUUAACUCUGUUCCCUUCUCUCUUUCUCUCCUUUUCUUUCUGUUCCUCUUCCUUCUCCUCUUCACAACUUUAUCUCCCCACCCCCUCCAGUGACUGAGACUUGAGACCUUUAAUCAGGUUACCCUCCAGCCUGCUGAGAUCCUGUGUAUGCCAAAGGCUCCCUUAUCUCUACCUACCCAUGGCUGCUCAACCCUUCCUGUCCCAGUGCCUAGUGGCAUUUGCAGGUUGCCAGAGGGCAGAACAACUUCCUUUAAAGGGCAGACAUUCAAUCACUUUUUGGCAGUUGAUACAAUCAUUGUCUGGGGCUUACAGGUAAAAGGGCAGCUUGGAUUGAGAGUAUUACGGCAUACACUCAUCUGUUUGGAACGAUCAGGGGCCCCUGUCCAGGCAGGCUAAACAGGUUGUAGACAUCUGGCAAUUGCUGAGGACACGAAGGAGAUGCAAUCUGUCCUGACCUUUGAAACACCUUGGUAACUGGGUGGCAUGGCAGCUCUAGUCAGGAGUUGGAAGGCUCAGGAGAAAGUUGUGGGGCUUUGCUUUUGCUCUUGAAUUUCUGGUCUCUAGUGUUCAGGUGCCCUCAGCCCCUGACCCCAACUGGAAGUGAGGCAAAAAGCCCUGGGUUGCUUGGCUCAGCAGAGGGCUUCUAAUCAUGCUUGGUUGGACUUCUUUCAUGGUUGGACUCUGUGGUGAGAGAGCUCCUUUAGGGACCCUCACUCACUCACCCACCCACUCCCCAGACAUAGUCCCAGUGUCUGAUGGAGAGAGAUGGCACCUUUGUUGGGAAGAUCUGGUCUAAUUAGAAUGAUGCAAUUUGGGCCCUCAAGCACUCCCUACUCCAAGUCUGAUGGGGAGGAAACAGGCCCUGUUCUCACAUGGGAUGAAUGCCUUGUCUAUUGGGAUCUCUACUUUUAAGGAGUCCUUGGUCUGAUGAGAGGGAUGGGACUCAGAACAUCAAAUCUGUAAAGAGGCACAUGACUAGCCUCUGAUGUAAGCACUGCAGACAGAAAAGCAUUUCUAGCAGGAGAAUUCUUUAGACUUUGGGCCCUUCAAAAUCAAGGAAAUUUUGGCUACUGUAAAUCUUGCCAGCUGAGGAAGACCCGAGUCCCUGCAGCUGAAAUCCAUUCUAAGCCUCACUGUCUUUGGGAUCAUCCUAAAAUCAAGUCAUCACUUGGAGAGAAUUGUAUGAGGUUAAAAAUACUUCCCUCACUAUUACACAGAAACUCCUUCCCACUUCCACUCCAGCAUCUUACUCAACACAAAGACCAGCAUUUGGUCUUGUGUGUUGGGCAAAAAUGAAGAUUGAAGGCUAGGGACCAUUCCCUUGAGGGGCCAGGCAGCCAUAGUUCACCCAUUCUUCCAUCCUUGAUGUCUCUCCAGUUGCUUUAUACACUGAGUUCUGAAUUGUGACUGUCUUUGUGAAGGGAACAGGAAAAAAACAACCCAUUCUGAACUUCAAUCUUGUAUAUGAUAUUAAAAGGAAAUACUUCAUCCAGUGGCAACAUCACCAUUUGUACUAAUCUAUUCAAUGUGAUGCUUCUUCUUGUGUUUGAUCAUCUCUUCUGCUACUUGUCUAUCAAUAGAGCCCAGAUAGAGGCUUUGGGCAGGACCAGCCAUCCUCCUUCACAGGGCCUCAUGCCACUAUGGUUGAUAAUUUCCCAGAUACUCUGAGGCCCUUGUUUAACCUCUGUGUGGCUGACUAUGUCAUCACUUGACAUCUGAGUGCCCUUUCCAGUAUUGAAUCUCUUGUCACUGCUGUCAGAUUUAUCAAGCCUCUGGGCCCCUGGGGUCUUGCCAUGGACCAACCCAGGCAAAUUCAAGAACCUUUUGGAGUCCCUUUUAAGUUCCCUGCCUUUAGGGAACCAGCGAUUCAUUGUAAGACCUAGAAACUGCAUGGGAAGACUUUGUUUAACUGGAUCUCAAGUUUGGGUCUGUAGAUAUUUAAUUUCCCCUUUCUAUUAUUGCUUCUUUCCAUAGGACAAUAAGAUAUGUGUAGGAACCCAAGAUGAUUAGGUUGGAGAGUCACAGACUCCUAGAAUGUUAGAACUGAAAGGGAGUUUAGAGAUCAUCUAGUCCAGCCCAUUGCAUUUUAGAGAUGGGGGAAACUGAGACCCAAAGAGAGGAAGGAAUUCACUCGAGGCUACACAGCUAGGGAGUGGCAAAAUCAGGAGCACUUAGUAUUGUACCUGCUUCUCUAGACUAUGUUUUCUCUUCCUCAUGGGACCAGAUAGAUGCUGCUCCUUCUGCCCCAUAGCAGAAAGGGACUAUAGGGUAAACAGGGUAAGUUGUCCUUCCCUUCUUCUCCUGUAUCCCCAGCCCCAGAUUCCUGGUGCGGUUGGUUCUUUUUAGAAACUUGUAAUUUGCUUUAACUGGUAACCCCAGAAGGUCCCUACAAUGCAUCAUGAGGUCAUUUUCCCUCAAGCCUGCUUCCUGUAGGGCUCAUCAUUUCACUGGGACUUUUAUCUAAUAUAAUGUCUGCUGUAUUAACUUUGCAUCUCUUCCCAGAGUCCUCUCUGCUUAGACCUCCUGGAGACCACAGGCUAAUGGUGGUUUUAGGCUAACAAAUGGGUGGGUUAUGUGGUCUUUGGCUAGUGUCCCAGUCUACUGGGUGCUGCCCUAGUCUAACCUUCCAGGGAAUGUUGGGGGCUCUGGUUCUGGGUAUGCACUUCUCUGCCUCACCCCAGAGAAGGACUGGGAAGGGUUGAAUUCCCUCCCUCCUUUGUAGCUUCUCUGAGAGGUAGGUGGUCCUUUCUUCCUGCACUCUGAACUAAUCUAAGUCAGAGGCAGGUGCUGAUUGCCUGAUUCAGGCAAAGAGAAAGGAGCCUGGAGAAGAUUCCAGGGUAAGCUUGGAGCAGAGGUCAGGGGAGGAGUGUUCUCUGGUCACUUGUCAGUGCAUCUGACCAUCUGGAGAAUAACUGACUUUUCUUUUUGUCCUGACACCCUCCAUUGGACAGAAGAUAUUUUUAUGUUACUCACUGGGGGGUGGCCACAUUCCCCGUGCCAAUUCCCACUUUGAGUCAUUCUGUAUUUGUCCCUGGUAACUGAGUGUCAACUCUGUAGACUUAUUAACAAUAAACAAGAAUCAUCUGGCA